CGCCGGCGGGGAUUUAAAGGGCCGGGCGGUAGCAGUGGCUGGAGCUCCGGGGCCCUUUGAAUCCCCGCCCCAGCCACCCCAGGGCUUUUAACUGCCCUCUGGGGAAGCCGGUCCUGGUACAGCGCAUCGGCUCUUACCGGUACACGGUCCCGGCGUACCCGCUCCCUUUCCCCUCUGCUUAGGACCCACCCCUGGGGUGGACCAGGGAGGAAGGGCCUCAGACGCAUGCUGGAGCCCCCGGCCCCUAGGGACAAAGGGGAGAGACCCCAGGGACUCCGGCUGCUGCUGUCCAGCUCCCUCUGCUUCCCCCCCGCCCCUGCCUCCUUCAUUACGCCUCCGCCCCCGCCUGUGGGCCCCCCCCCCCGGCUGCCCGCCCCGCCGCCCGCGCCCUUUCCUGGCUCCCGCCGGGCGCUUGUUGCUCUGCUCGGAGCGCUUGGCUAACCUCCGCCUCCCUCCCUCCCUCCCGGCCCCGGCCGCCCCCCCCGCGGCUGCGCUGCUGCUGACUCAGCCAAAGGGGAAACUCAAAGGGCAGCCGCCAGCCCUGCCCUGCCGCAGCCCCCGGCUUCCCUGACCCGGCAAGUUGUGGGCCGGGUGGCUGCUGCCCCCAGCUGUCCCGGCCGGGUCCCUCCAGCUCUGAACGGGGCGCUGGCGGCGAGAGCUUGUUGUCAGCCCCCUGAAGCCAAGCGAAGUUUCUCUCUGGUCUCCUCCUCGCUGCAGGCAGCCGGAGCCAGCAUGACAGCCAUAGCGGUGCAGGCACAGAGGUUGCUUGCUCACAGAAGACCCAAGAAAUCAUUCUUUGAGACGUUCAUCAGAAGCCUCAUUAUCUUAUGCGUGGCAAUAGCAGUUGUCCUGUCAUCAAUUUCAGUUUGUGAUGGCCACUGGAUUUUUGCAAAAGGACAGUUGUUUGGACUGUGGCACUUCUGCACCAUAGGCAACAGCACCAAAUUAAAAUGUGUCACUGAUCUGAAUCAGGCCAAUGUGGAAGGAAUUAAUUUUGGAAUGAUUCUUGCAAGAAGUGUGGUGUCUCUUGCUGUGGUUGUAGCAAUAUUUGGCCUGGAACUUCUGAUGGUCUCCCAAGUCUGUGAAGACACUAAUUCAAGACGAAAAUGGUCAAUGGGAUCAAUCCUUAUUCUUCUCUCAUUUCUCCUGUCCUCCAGUGGAGUCCUGAGUUUUUUAAUCCUCCUGAAGGACUAUAUUACCUUCAUGGGCUUCACACUGACCUUUUGGUGUGAGUUCAUUGCUGCCUGCCUUUUCUUCCUUAAUGGAAUGAGUGGACUUCACAUUAACAACAUAACAUACCCGUGGAACAGAGCAAGAAAAUUCUAGAACUGGUGGGUGUAUUCUGCUUUUGUGUCAUCAGCUUUGCCAGUUAGACUGGAAAAAUCAGUCAAAUGAAAUUGGAAAAGGACAUCAGGUUCUUAAAGUCAUUUGCAAAGAGAAAAGAUUUGAGUUAGUCUGAGAAUUUCAUAGGAUGUACCCACAGUUCACUGAGGAUGGCUGAAGGGGAAAAAAUUAAGACCUGCUAUAGUUUUAAAUGAAAUUUUCUGCAGUAGUAGAUAACAAAAUAGGGAAAGAGUCCUAUUUUGCUUUAAAGAAAGCAUCUGAAGUGUUGUAUGGAUAGAAGACCUGAAAAUUGCAAUCUACAUCAGUUGUUUUAAAGUACUGGGGUCAACCACUCUGUGUGGUGCUUUGGGGUUUGGUAUUGAUUUUUCUCCCCCUAUCUUCAGUUGCUCUUCUUGAGUAUGUGAACAGAGCGUGAGGAGGAAUGUAUGCCCAGUGUGUUCAGCCCGUCCGAUGGAGCUUCAUUUCAGCUUGGACAGACUAUUCGUGCCUGGUCACAUUUAUUAGUGUGACAUAUUGAAAAUCUUUAUCAGGGUUUCACACCCCAUCAUUCUCUUCACAAGACAUGAGUGAAACAGAUCUGAAUCAAUGCUUAUUAGCUCAUGUUUUCCAACUGUCACUUGUAUCCCCUAUAACUAUCCCUUCCCUAUAUAAUAUAUUAGAGGUUUGGGGUAUGUACAUCCACUGUGAUUAGCAUAUAGGGCUAGAGUCUCAUUUUGUCUCCAGCCCCUAGCAGCACAGAGGGACUGGAUUGUGGCUAUACAUGGCCAGCAGAGAAUUCCAUGAGGAAAAGGGAACUAUCCACUGGCAUAAAGCCAGCAGUGCCUGCUCCUGCACGAGCCACCCUAUUCCAGCCUCUUCUGGUAUAAGCACUCAUGGGAUACUUUAGUAGAUGCCAGUGCAGACCCAGAAUCAGAAUCAGGGCGUUCUAACUGGCUCCCUGAUAUCCCCACAGGGGAUACUUUGACCCAUAGGGUUAAUUAAAGUUCAGCCUUGCUAUUUCUGAUCAUUCGUCUAUUGUCCUUUCACUUCGCUCCCGGGACAAGCAACACUCUAGAGUGUUAAGCUAGCUGAUGUGAUUUACACCACUACAGUGACCCUUCCCCCUGCCUUUUACCAUAGACGGUCAGAAUUAUUCUGGUUGCACAAUACCAAUAAUUCCCAGUGAGUCAACGGGAAUUACUGCACUCGUGUAGCUAGAGAAAUAAACUCAUUCACUUUGCCAUUUAGAGGCUCUUCUGUGAUGAAAGAAAAUCUGUAGACCUGACAAUUUAGACAAAAUGGUUUUCCCUUGUGAUUUAAAAUGAGUAAACAUAAAAAAAUAAACUUCCGCAAAAAUGAGGUAACCAGAGGGACUGAUUCUGCAUUCACUGAGCGCUGACGUAAAUCAGGAGUAACUCCAUUGAAGUCAGUGAAAUUGCUGGUGUGAUGGAGAGCAGAAUGCCAGACUUAAGAUCUCUAAUUAAAAAGCUGCAUACGUUCAUUACAGCUUAAAAAACCCUGCAAGUUGUUGAUAUAGUAAAAUUAGUCAAGCUGUUGACAGUCUAGUCAAGUUCCUGCAUGGCUGGCAGAAGCAGAAUUACAUGCAUCUGAAUUUAGUGCUUGUAGCAUUGCUCCAAAUUCUUUUCAAUAUCCUUCCUGUUCAAAGUAGAACACUCCAUUGACAAUGGAUUAAAACAUUUAGAAAGUGUUUCACAGCGUCUGAUAAAAUCUAUUUUAUGUCUUCUGGAAAGAUUUUUUUAUUUCUAUAAAGACAAAUAUUUAAAUAUGCUUCCUCUUCAUAGUUAUAUUUGAAUCAAUAAUUCUUGAGCAAGGCAUUUAAUCUACUAUACUACACCAGUUUCUAAAACAUACUCUUUCACUCAGUAAAAACAAACAAGUAUAGUUUGUGGAAUAAAUGUAGUGGAGAAAGAAGACUACUUAUGCAAGCCAUGAAUAAAUGUCAUCCUUUGUGCAAAUCUGUUAUUUAAGGCCAAGAAUAAUAAGCACUGACUACAUAUACUUUGUAAUCUUGUACAAUGCUCUUAAACUGACCACUCAUUUUCUAAUGAGGAAAUAUUCUCAUAUUUUCUUUUUAAGAGAUGUCAACUUUCACAGAAUAAACUCCUAAACCUUUUUGUGUUCCUCAACAGUAGAAUGCGAGUGAGUUUUCAGUCCAGAUCUAGAUAUGUAUGUCUUGUUCUGGUAACAUAUUGUUCCCUAGCACCUUAGUUUGUAUGUCUUCCUGAUAUGAUAAUGCAGUAAGCCAAGUUACCCAGAGUAACUGCUGAAUUUUAUCUUUUUUCAAUAUUGGGCCUAUUCUUGCAUUCCUUGUGCACCUAAAACUCCUAUUGCCUUCAGUAGGAAUGUGGGAUGCACAAGGAAUACUAGAUACAUGCCCCUGGAUCUGCCUAUGCCAUGUUGCACUGUGAUCCUAACUCUUUCUCUUAUUUAAAUAAGGUGCUUUUGCUUCCCCGAAUUGCAGUUUGUUUAACAUAACUAGAAGCUGAAGCUGCAACCAUUUAACUCAUGGGAAGAGUCCCACUGAUUUCAGCAGGGCUCCUUUUAUGAGCAAGCGUUUGCAGGAUUAAUCCCCAAAUUGUUGCACAUUGAUUAUAUCAACUGUGUCAGUCUGUGGAGUGAGUACCUUACACUAUUAAGUAGCAUUUCAGUAUUGGGUAUAGGGAUAUAAACAUAGAGUACCUCUGAGCAGGAUGAACCUGGUGAUGGAGCACUUGCAUGAGAUCCAUGACCAGUGUAUCCAGGGUUUUGUGGAGACACAACACUUGCUGAAAUUACAUUCCUUCUUGGUAACUUCAAAACAAUGGAAAUGAAUGCACUUUGAGGCCAACCUUAACACUAGCAAGAAUUAGACCCAAGGUGCUCCUGUCCUGCUCCUUUUGGAAGGAGGAGGUGAAAGUGGACCAUGAGCUGUAUAUCGCCACUAGUCACAUAUAAAGAGAAAAAAUCAGAGAAUGAGUUAGAGAGUCCACAUGGGACACAUAACAGUUGCUUGUGCUUAAGGAUGGUCGUAUACAUUUUUAUGAAUGAAAGUCCUUUUUGAAAAAGUACCCUACUGAAAAAAUUGUGCAAAGUUUCCUUCUAUAGCUGGCUUUGUCUAGCAAAUUAUUGUGCUUGAUUAUACAUUGUGAUUAUAAGGUGUAUUUUGUUAGUAAAUGCUGCUGAAUAGGCUAAUACUACUGUUAAUUUUUCUUAGGCUAUUGCAUCUAAUAAAUGCCUGUAUAUACAGUAAUUUGUACCUUUUCUAAAGCCUAAGACAAAAAAAAAAGGUUGAAAGUCAAUAUUCCUGAAGUUGAUGAUGUUAAAUAAACUACUUUGAAA